UCUAGGAGCACCAGCGCCUUGGCACAGUUGUGGUUUUCGUGGCUUUUGCUCUUCAUGAGCACAUCCUCCCUGGACUCGGGUCAGAAAUGAGGCCUGUGGACGUCCAUCUCUUGUGGAUCCCGGUGCUGCUCCUCGGUGGCGUCCGAUCCGCUCUCCCCCCAGACUGUAAGUCCUACGAGGAGCGAGUGAAGAAGCCCGCCGAAGGUGGUCUGGACAGGAAGGUGGUCUGCAGCAACCUGGAGCUCCGCCAGGUGGUGGAGCCAGAGUGGCUGCCCAACAGGACGGUGACCUUGAUUUUAAGCAACAACAAAAUCGAGGAACUGAAGAACGGCUCUUUUGCUGGUCUCUCAAUGCUGGAACGACUAGACAUCCGGAACAACAUAAUCAGCCACAUCGAGCCUGGGGCAUUCCUGGGACUGACAGCCCUCAAAAGACUAGACCUGUCCAAUAAUCGAAUUGGCUGCCUGACAGAGGACGUGUUUAAAGGCCUCCCGAGUCUCACCAGGCUGUACCUUUCAGGGAACAUAUUCUCUUCUUUGGCACAAGGGACCUUCGAUAGUCUCGUUUCACUGAAGACUUUGGAGUUUGAGUCGCCAUACCUGCUGUGCGACUGCAAUCUACGCUGGCUGCUGCGCUGGCUGAAGGGGCGUAGUAUAGGGGUGCGAAACACCCGCUGCUCGUACCCGCGUUCCCUGCAGGGUCAGCUCAUCACCUCUCUGAAGCCUGAACUCCUUACCUGCGAUGCCCCCCUGGAGCUGCCAUCAUUCCAGGUGACCCCAUCUCAGCGGCAGAUCGUCUUCCGGGGUGACAGCCUGCCUUUUCGGUGCCUGGCCUCUUAUGUAGAUGAGGACAUGCAGGUUCUGUGGUACCAGGAUGGCAGGGUGGUGGAGCCCAACGCCUCCAUGGGCAUCUUCAUCGAGAGGAAAGUGGUGCAGAACUGCUCGCUUGUUGCCAGUGCGUUGACCAUCUCCAACAUCCAGCCAAGCUCCACGGGGAACUGGGAGUGCCGCGUGAGGACGAGCCGUGGGAACAAUACCCUCGUUGUGCCCAUCUUGGUGCUGGAGAGCGCUGCCAAGUACUGUCCACCGGAGCGGGUCUCCAAUAACAAGGGGGAGUUCAGGUGGCCUCGUACCCUGGCUGGGCUCACCAUGCACCUGCCAUGUCACCGCCUGGCCUCUGGCACCGGCCUAUACUCUGGCUCCUCAGCGGAGGAGCGGCGCGCGUGGCGCCGCUGUGACCCGGCCGGCUUCUGGGCAGAGGAGGACUACUCCCGCUGCCAGUACCAGAAGGACGUCACUCGCGUGCUCCACAUUAUCAAUCAGAUGCCUCUGAACCUGACCAACGCAGUCACCACGGCCCGGCAGCUGCUGGUCUACACCGUGGAGGCUGCAAACUUCUCAGACAAGAUGGACGUCAUCUUUGUGGCGCAGAUGAUCGAGAAGUUCGGGAAGUUUGCAGAGAAAUACAGGGAGCUGGGCGAUGUGAUGGUGGACAUCGCGAGCAACCUCAUGUUGGCAGAUGAGCGUGUACUGUGGUUGGCCCAGCGUGAGGCCAGAGCUUGCUCCCGUAUCGUCGAGUGUCUACAGAGGAUCGUGAGCCACCGCCUGGCCUCCGGCUCCCAGGUCUACUCCACGACAUCUCCCAACAUCGCCCUGGAGGCCCAUGCCAUCAAGGCCAACACCUUCAAUGGCAUGACCUGCACAUUGUUCCAGAAGCUGAGUCCCGAGCGCACAUCCAUCAGGGAGCUGAGUGGCCGCGACACCGACAUCACGCUGGACCGGCAGCUGAGCUUCAAGUGCAACGUGACAAGCACCCUCUCCUCAAUCAAAAACACGGUAGUCGAAGCUUCACUCCAGCUUCCACCCUCGCUCUUCUCCUCACAGGAGCCCAACCCAGGAAGCUCCCCGGAGGACACUGUCUACAAGCUGCAUCUGCUGGCCUUCCGCAACGGCAAGCUGUUCCCUUCCACGGGCAACUGGAGCCUGCUGUCCGAGGGGGGCAAGCGCAGGAGCGUGGCCACUCCCGUUAUCCUUACCAAGAUAGACGGCCUUCCACUAAGAGGUCUGAGGCGCCCCGUGAAUGCCACGUUGCGACGCCGCACCCUUGGUUCAGAUGCUCUGGCCGUCUACUGGAACUUCAGCCUUCUGGGGGGUCAGGGCGGUUGGCAGUCAGAUGGCUGCCGAGUGCUGAGGUCCGAUGAUAACUUCACCACCAUCUCCUGCAAUUCGCUCAACAACUACGCCGUGCUUGUGCAGGACCUGAACGGUGCCGAGUUCUUCUCGUCUAAUGUUGAGCUGCUCCACCCCGUCGUCUACGCGACGGCCAUCGCCCUUGAGCUCUGCUUGCUGGCCGUCAUCAUCAGCUACGUCUGCCUCCACAGGAGCAUUCGGAUCAGUCGCAAAGGCUGGCACAUGCUGCUCAACCUCUGUCUUCAUAUGCUCCUUGCGUGUGGAGUCUUCAUCGGGGGCAUCAACCAAACACGGCAAGCGAGCGUGUGCCAAGCUGUGGGGAUCAUUCUGCACUACGCCACCCUUGCCACAGUCCUUUGGGUGGGGGUAACCGCUCGCAACAUCUACAAGCAAGUGACCCGCAAGGCAAAGCGCUACGAAGAGCUGGAUGAGCCGCCACCUGCUCCCAGACCCAUGCUGAGGUUCUACCUGAUUGGUGGAGGGAUUCCCACCAUCGUCUGUGGCAUAACCGCCGCCGCCAACAUCAAGAACUACGGAAGUCGAGCCAACGCACCCUACUGCUGGAUGGCGUGGGAGCCCAGUCUGGGUGCCUUCUAUGGACCAGCGGGCUUCAUCGUCCUGGUGGACUGCCUGUACUUCCUCAGCAUCCUGGUGCAGCUACGCAGACACCCGGAGCGCCGCUACGAGCUAAAGGAGCCGGCCGAGGAGCAACAGCGAUUAGCGGGUGGCAGCGAGCACGAUGACGGUGCUGCCCUGGACUCCGCCUCCAUGUCCCAGGGAAACCUUCUGGCCCCAUCGCAGUUGGCCCUGGAGAACGAGCACACGUUCGCAGCACAGCUGCUGGGCGUGGCCCUGUCGCUGCUGCUCUUCGUGGGGCUCUGGUCAUCGGCAGCACUCGCUGUCUCCCAGGACCGCCCUCUGGACCUGCUCUUCUCCUGCUUCUUUGGGCUGGUGGCGCUGGCGCUCGGUGCUUUCCUUGCUGCGCACCACUGCAUCAACAGGGAGGAUGUGCGGCACCAGUGGGCGGCGGCCUGCUGCGUUGCGAGGCGGGACUAUGCCGUGCAAGUCAACGGCACCCCUGCUGGUUCCAGUGCCCGAAAUGGGGAGACGCCAAAGUGUCCCAAUAGCAGCGCUGAGUCCUCCUGCACUAAUAAGAGCACCGCCAGCAUUAAAAACUCCUCUCAGGGCUGCAAGCUCACCAAUCUGCAGGUGGAAGCAGCACAGUGCAAACCCCUCGCCAUCCAUGUCCCCACCCCCAGCAACGGCGUUGCCGUGCAACUGGACAACAGCCUGACAGAGCACUCGCUGGACAAUGACAUCAAGAUGCACAUAGCCCCGGUGGAGGUUCCCUUCCGCUCCAACGGACACGCGGUCCGCCACCACCACCGGAGCCGGACGCGGGCUCACCGGGCCAGCCGCCUGGCGGUGCUACGCGAGUACGCGCACGACGUGCCCACCAGCGUGGAUGGCAGCGUGCAGAGCGGCCCAUCCCGCAGCCGCCACGCCCACAACGGCCACAUCCGCAGCCGCCGGGCCGCCUACAUGGCAUACCGUGAGCGACAGCAGAGCCUGCAUCAGCAGGACAGCAGUGACGCCAGUGCCUCGCUGCCUCGGCGCAGCUGCAACCUGGACAAAGGUGGAACCCUUACUGUGGGCGGAGCUAGAGGCAGGACUGCAGCAGUGGGGUGGGCGGAGCCACAUUCUUCUGCCCUGCCCACCACGGUGAAAGACUGCGUAAAGCAUCCCGUUAAUACAGAACUUGAGGCCUCCUCCAAGAGCUACGGACUGAACCUGGCCACCGAGAGUGGGGUGGUGAAAGCCGGUGGGCAGAGCGUCCCUCUGCUGGGCACCGAGAGCAACGGGAACAUCAAAACGGGUCUGUGGAAGCACGAGACCACGGUGUAGCACCCCCCCCCCACACACACACACACCAACCCCCCACCCCCAGCGCCAUUGAUUUCACAUGUGAAUCCACGCAACUGUGCAGAGGACGCUGCUGGACUGAAAGUGGACACAGCGUUUACCACUUGACAAAUUAUCUAUUUUUGUAUCAUUUAAUCUUGUUUGAUAUUCAGCUCUUCAGUUUUUGUAUGUGAAACUGCACGACUGUCACUGUUGGCCUGUAGGUGUACAGCAGGCUGGUCUUCCUUGUUUCCAGAUGUGCUUUUAUGUAAUAAAUACAGUGUGUGCG